AUGACUCGUUACUAUGCAGUUGUGAUGACUCUGGAGAUGUCAGACUCGACUUGUGGUCCUGGUUUUGGUGAUGACCUACUAAAUUCCGAAAAUUCAGUCCCUAUGGAACAAUCAAUUUUUAUCCAGUUCGUUGAUACCAGUGGAGAGGAAACGGGAACGCCCAUAUUUGUGCCAUGCAAUAGUUCUGUCUCCGACCUCACCGAGAUUCUCACCUCCUUCAAAAAAGCGUCUCCAGAUGAACCUGUCGCAUACGAAUUCUAUGUCGGCGAAACCCAAAUUCUUGACGAUCUUUCUUCAGGCCUGGUCCAGUUUACUGCUUCUAAGGCAAAAACAAAUGAAGCAAAGGAGCUCGUAAAAGCUGAGUCUGGUGGAGCGGUGGAGUCCAUUGUUAAGGUGACUUACCAGGCUCAGGCAGUGUUUCGUGUUCGGCCAGUUACAAGAUGCACCAGUACACUCCCGGGCCACAAAGGGGCAAUUUUGGCUGCUCUCUUCUCGCCUGACGCCAGAGCUCUUGCAACUGGUUCGGGUGAUUGCAGUGUUCGUUUCUGGGACCUGAAUACGGAGCUUCCUCAAUCUCCUGUACAUAAUAUUCACAAGGCGGCGGUUCUCUGUCUCGCUUGGUCUCCUGACGGCCUUCGUCUCGCUUCCGGUUGUCAGGGCGGUCUCAUUUGUUUGUGGAGACAAAACGACGUAGGAAACUGGGUCCUUGAUUCACCUUCUCCCUUGAUUCAACCUACCCUCGCACGAACCCCUGCUAAUUCUAAGACACGUUGGGUCCGCUCAAUAGUUUGGCGACCUUUCCAUUUAGACAUCGAUUGUCGUUUGUUGGCCGCCGCCUAUCAGGAGACUUCAAUAGUUCUGUGGGACACGCUCACAGGCAAGCCUCAUCGCAUCCUGUCAGGCCACGAGAGGCCAGUGACUAGCCUUCGCUGGGGUGGCACAGAUCUCAUUUACUCAGCCAGCCAGGAUCGUACGAUUCGUGUUUGGCGCAAUACAGACGGAGCGUUGUGCAGGCGACUGGACAUGCAUGGCCACUGGGUCAACUGUUUGGCACUCAAUGUUGACUAUGUCCUCAGAACUGGACCUUUUGAUCCUGCUGAUGCGGUAUUAGUCAAGCCACCAUUCUCUGCGAUGUCUAUAGGCGAGAGUAGAAAAGAAAUUAUGCAACAACGUGCAAAAGAGCUUUACGAAAAAGUUAAAGGAAACGGAGCAGAGCGCUUGGUCGCGGGUUCGGACGACAAUACAUUAUCAUUGUGGACCCCUGAAACGACAAAGUCCCCUCUUUGUGGACGAAUGACAGGUCACAUGGGAGUUGUAAACGACGUUAAAUUCUCACCUGACACUCGGCUCAUCGCCAGCGCCAGCUUCGAUCACUCUGUUAAAAUUUGGGACGGGUUUAGUGGCAAAUUUCUUGCGACUAUGUUUGGACACGUGCAAGAUGUUUAUUUGGUCGCUUGGUCCAGUGACUCGCGCCUUCUGGUAUCCGCCUCAAAGGACUCCACGGUGAAGCUGUGGACCGUGGCCGAGGUUCGACGAUGGGUUCAGGAAGCUGCGGUACAAAAUGAAGUGAAGAAAAAAAGUGAUACAAAGCAACCCUUUCAGAGAAAGCGCCACAUUCUUCACGACCUCCCUGGUCAUUCUGAUGCCGUGUACGCGCUUGACUGGAGUCCUGAUGGGCAGCGUGUUGUGUCAGGUGGAAAAGAUCGAGUGCUCAAAAUGUGGGUUUAUUUAAAAUGCCUUGUGUUCCCAUGCCGUAAUUCACGUUUGGUUCUGCAAUGUUUCCUAGUGGUUAUGUAG